AUGACGAAAGAUCUAGCAUCUAUGAAGACGGCUCUCAAGAAGAAGGUCAAGACCAACCAGAAGACCAUUACUACCAAAGAGGUCGACAGAGUCACCAAGACUUCCCUCAAUAAUCACAAAAUACCUAAGAGGAACACUAGAGAUCAACCUCGUGUUAGUUCCCACACACCCCAAAACCAGCGGCACCAACAGGAUGCUUUACAACCACCUCAGCAAAGACACCCUCUUGGUUUCCGGGGCUUCCAAAAUGCCCAGGAAGAUCAAGAGGUCCACCAAGUGCCCUAA